AUGGACGGCCCGGCGCUGCUCCCGGUUCGCGGCGUUACUGGCGCUGUGCGCCGGCUCGACGCCGGCAGCGCUUCGGCCUACCUUCGCCUCAGCACGGGUGCGGGAUUGGCUGGGAUGAGUGCUGAAGCCGCGAGCGUCGAGGCGGCCGUGCGCGGGAUUGGCUGGGACGAGCGGGCCCUCACCUGGCUGGACGCAAAGUGGACCGACCUGGCCGACUGCGGCUGCGGCUUCGACACCCCCGACGCCUAUUUGGACUCCGAGUCCAAGCAGGCACUGCCUCCGUGGGUGUGGCUGCCGACUCACGGCGGAGGCGCGGCGGAGGCGCGGGAGGGGGCGGCGCUCGACGUGAGCUGUCGGCUGGCGAGCCCUGAGGCUGAGCCCCCCGCGGCUCUCGCGGCGGCGCUCCUUGAGCGGCUGCGGGCGGCGAUCGCUCUGGCAGCGGAGGGCGGUGCGGCGGGCCGCGUGCAGAGCAUCGAGCGUGCCGGCCUCGUGGUGCUCCCCUCGGCGGUCUCUCCGGCCGACGUGGCCGCGCUGCGAGAGCUGUCUCGGCGGAGGGUGGAGGCGCUCGAGGCGAGGAUGGUGCGGGAGGGGCACGAGCAGGGGCUCGAGGGUGGCGACUACUCGUACGCGGAGGUGUGCUCGCGCGGGAAGGGCAGGUGGGACAUGCUGCUGCACGCGCCGCCCUCGGACGCCUGCGACGUGCCGGAGCUCAACUUCGCCGGGCAGGCGGCGGGCGCGGAGCCGUCGGACGAGGCGCUGUCCGGGCGGGCUCUGCUCCGGCGGGUGGCCAAAGGGGCACGGUGGAGGGGUGCGGUCGAAGCGGCCCUCGGCGACGACUUCGAGUGGCAGGUCUCGCUCAUCGUCUCGCGGCGCGGCAGCCCCGCCGGCCACUGGCACUCGGACGGAGGCCACUCGCGCUACACGUACGGCGCCGACGGCGAGGCGGUGCCGCUCGCAUACGCCCUGUGCGCUUUCGUGCCGCUCCCCGCCUGCCUCAACUUGGGCGCCGCGGCGAGCACGCGGCUGCGCGCGGUGGUCUCGGGCGCGCCGCUGGCCGCCGGCGAUGCCCUCCUGUACGACUACCGCACCGUGCACUGCGGCUCGCCAAACCAGCAGGGCGAGCGCCCGAUCCUCCAAUUCACCUUCUGUCGAAAGGGUUACCGCGACCGCCACCGCAACUAUGGAUACGAGCAGCUGUUUUACGACGACUGA